AUUCUUCUAAAUUUCAGAUGCAAUCUCUUCUAAUAUUCCUGAGUCUUGCGGGGUCGUCGCUGGCCCUUUUGGGAAUUGGUUCCACACAAUCUGUAGCAGUAACUGGACGUUUGAUCUGCAAUGGUCGGCCGGCUUCUGAUGUCAAAGUGAAACUGUACGAAAAGGAGCUGACUUUUGAUGUAAAAAUGGAUGAAGGAAGAACCAAUGGAAACGGGGAAUUUCGUCUUUCUGGCUCGAAAACAGAAAUAACAACCAUUGAUCCGAAAGUAAACAUCUACCACAAGUGCAACUACAACGGGAUCUGCUACAAAAAAAUUGGUAUCACCAUCCCAGACAAUUACGUUACCAAUGGACCUACUCCUCAAAAAACCUUCGACAUCGGUACAAUCAAUCUGGCUAAUAAGUUUACUGGCGAAAGUACCGAUUGUAUUAACUGAACAAUGUGCAUGUAAAUUUACCUCGAAUAUGUAAAGACCGUUUUUAAUAAAGCUAUUUUACCCGUAC